UGUCCUGUCUCGGUCCCCAGUCUCCCUCCCUCUAGUGUGUGUGGUCCGUUCCAGGACCAGGGCUGGGUGAUGCAGACUGUAGACACACACUAACCCUACCUGUCCUGUCUCUGUCCCCAGUCUCCCUCCCUCUAGUGUGUGUGGUCCGUUCCAGGGCCAAGGCUGGGUGAUGCAGACUGUAGACCAGUGGCUAGCCUCCCUUCAGGCCUCUCAGCCCCACUCUGCCUGGCUGGCUUGGAUCAUCAACAUUAUACUACACAGUCAAGUCUUCUACUGCCUCCUAACACUCAUAGUACUGGUGGUGAUGUACUUCCUGUGGCAGGUGAAUCAGGGUCGUAAACGUCUCAUCAUGUCUCUACGGGAACAGAUAGUCAAUGAGGGGAAGGACAAGGCCUUUCUCCUCAGGAGGUUACAGUGUCUACAGAGACAGGGAGCAGGCAGACCUAGACCACAGGUGCACUUCGAGGAGGAGAAACCGACCAGGCCAGAGUCAGGGCAGCUUAGAGAAGAAGCACGCCCUCCUCCCUCCUUCCAACACCCACCCCCCCCCAUGGAGGCCCCCUCCGUGUUCACUCGGCCUCCCUGGGACAGCUCCCCCAGGCUAGGUAGAGCCCAGCCCCCCAGUCCCCGUGGUGGAGCCAGCCCCAGAGGCAGCCCUGGUCGCGGCCGGACCCCAGCCAGCAGGCAGGCGUGCUGGGUAGAGGAGGAGCGACCAGCCCCUCCCCCUCCAGAUCCACUGUGGCCAGUCAGGGGUAGAGGAUGGCUUCAGGGAAGGCCCCACGGGGGGCCCAGAUUGGAGCCGCUGCCUUCCCGCGAGGUACCCGUCCUGCCUGGGUCGGUGCCUGAGAGCGCCCCCCCUCCCCCACGGAGACCUGGGUCCAGCAGAGCAGAGGUGAACCAGGGACAACAUCAGUCCUAGCUAGACUCAGAGAGAGGAUAGGAGCCCACAUCAACUGUCGGGCUCAGACAUGGUCUGCUUCCAAAAUGCCACCCUAUUCCUUAGGACUCAGGUCAAAUGUAGUGCACUAUGUAGGGAAUAGUGUGCCAUAGAGCUCUGGUCUAAAGUAGUGUACUAUGUAGGGAAUAGGGUGUUGUCCCAGAAGAAGAUUUAAGUGUUAGUUAGUUGAGAUAAAGGGAGUUGUUAUAUUGUGUGUUGUCUUUUUGAUGAAUAUAACAAAGGUUUAAGUGCUAGUUAGUUAGUUGUGAUAAAGGUAGGUGAUCUUUAUGUUGAGUUAUGUUGAUAUGUUGAGUUAUGUUGAUAUGCUGAGUUAUG